CUCUGUUACCCUGAUAGCGGUUUAUCUCUAGAGACACACAGGGGUUCAAGUCCGCACACCAAUGGUGCUUAGUGGACAUCGGUAUCACACAGGAUAUCAGCUGAAUCAUGAAGGUCCUAGUGUUGAUAUGUUUCUGUGGUAUGAUGCGGCAUGUUACAUCUCAAUGUUUUCCAACCCCAAACGUCACUCCAGGACCAAAUGAUCCCCAAUUACCAACGUUGCCCUCAGAAUUUCAAACACGUGUAGAGGCUAACAUCCAAGACAAGGGAUUCACGGUGACGGCUGAGGAGUAUUUCAGUACUUUAGAUAAAAGAGCUACAGUGAAACUCAUUCGAGACGGGGAUAUCACUACACUUCUGUUUGACUACGCAAACAAUCAGCUUUUCUACGUUAAAGAUAAUAAAUGCCAGAUUGGCAAUCUGUCGUCAGACAUCAAUACCAUGCUGUUUGGAGAUGAUAUGAUUAAAGGAAUACCGCACAUAGUGACGACGAAUGCAGCGUUACAUUUCCUUAAAUCAAGCGGUCAGGUAUACAAGGGUCAAGCCAUGGUGCGGGGUAUAACAACUGACCACUGGCAGACAUGUCUUCAGUGGCCGAAACUUAACUCCACCUUCGUUCUAGAUUACUACUUUACAGCGUCGACAUGGAGUGAUCCUGUAGCAUUUCCUCAAAUCCCCGUCAGAGCUGUAACUGCCGGUAUUCAGACACUAUCUACUGGUCAGGCGGUCCAGUUUAACCACACGUACGAAUAUUUUGACUUCCGUCCUGAGAUCAUGGAAGACGAUGUCAUAUUUGAGACCCCGCCCGGCGUCAUUUGUUUUGGGCGAGUGAGCACGAAACCCAUUCCUCAACUAUCUACCAAGUACCACUACCGUUCUGAGAUCAUCACCUCCGUACAGGAUAGCAUCGUCUCAACAGACGUGUGGUAUGACGAUGAUUACAAAUUAGUUCGUUAUGACUAUAAAAAUUUGAGCCCGAUACCGCCUACCUAUACCUUGAACCCACUGUCAGAAGUCCAUGAUUUCAACACGGGCCUCAGGUACAUCCGGGAUCAGGUGACCGGAAACUGUACAAUCCUACCAAUUGGCAACACAUCCUUUGACUCUUUUGAAGCCCAGGGUUCGUUUUCUGCAAAUAAUAGUUAUGUAGUACACAUGAAAAAUCCGAUGCAGCUCUUCUAUCUGGAUAAUUCAUAUACCUAUGUUGGUAUGAGAAAAGCCCGUGGAGUUGUAUGUAAUGUGUUCUCAACAUUCCGUACCGACUACCUUUAUGCUGGACAGAAAACCAAUGCUACGUUUGAAUAUUACUUUCUGUCGGAUGUGUAUACAGAACAUCCCGACGAUGGAGAUACCGACCCUCAUGACAUUCCCUACAUGCUACUGGUCAAUGUUGUGUCGUUUGGAGAGGCACUUCCAGACUUCACGAUAACAUACAACUUCCUAGACUUUGACAAGGGUCAUCCGGAUAUGUCUGUGUUUGACGUCACCGCGUGUUACUCCAACCAGGCCAGCCUCCAGUUCAAGGUCAGAUUCCCAGGUGCAUACAAACCCUAUACAGACCUACAGAUUCGACAAGGGGCGCACAACAUAUUUGCACUCAAUGCAAACGUGUCCAACAUCCGGAUACAGAACGUUCAACUUGAGAACGACAACUCCAAUGUUUACGUUUCGGCCACAAUGCUGGACAGAUCGCCGCCAUCUUCUCAGUUUACAUUGGUGGCGCAGAAGUCAAUCGAGCGCCAUGGAGACCAGACGUACGGAUACGUGGCUAAUGUCAAGGACUGCGCUCGGUACUGUAUCAACAAUGUCAACUUCGUGUGUAACAGUUACGAGUGGUGUAGUGGCGACACCGAUAACAACUGUCGACUCAGCAAACGCCACAUCGGGGACGGAUCUGUCCUGCACGAGAGCACGUGCGAUCACUAUUCUAGAACGGUAACAGGCCCGAUGGUUCAGGAAAUUGAUGUUUUUAGAGCUUACAAUAACCUGCGACAGGCUGUGUAUAAUAACAUGCUGCAGAUACCAGCUUAUGAGGCUGACCUGACGACCACUUACUACAAUGCAGUAGAAAUUGAAAUUAUUUUUGGAUGGUUAUCCUCGGAUCCUUUUCCCGCAGUGGAUAGCCAGUUCUCCUACCUCCUGGAAAUCGUUGUCCCGGAUGUUCAGAUGGCCUACGAAGCACGCAUUUGGUACGACUACAAUUACAAACUAGUGCGUUACGACAUGGCUACUUCGCCGCCUGGCGGGAAAUUCAAAACAGGAAAUCCAAUGUCGUAUAUAAACGAUUUUAACACAGGUCUUGCCUACACAAUUGACAGGACGUUUGGAAACUGUAGCAUCACUCCUGUAGCCAGCAGCACGUUCGAUUCCAACCCUAACAGGAAGGAUGCUCUGAAGAAUGGUGCGUACGUCGUACAGAUGAAAAAUCCGCUGGACUUCUUUGAUGUCAACAACGUGUAUAAAUAUUCGGGACAGAAAACCAUUCGAGGAAUUCUGUGUAUAAUUUUUGAGACUAUCACUGAUGAAUUCAAACUACAGGGCGUCUCAACAAAGUUUACCAGUCGUCUCCAGUUCUUCUUCGCCUACGACACCUGGAAGACGACACCAUCUGGCAGCAAUAUCCCGGUACAAUCUCAGCCAAUACGAAUGGACGUCUCGUCAGAGGAAAUCGGUUUAUUCCUCACCUACAACUUUUUCGACUUUAACUUACAAGAUCCAGAUCUGACCAAUUUUGAUAUCACCCCUUGCUUCGGAGGAACAGAGAAACGAGAGUUCCUAAUACGAUUUCCUGGUUCAUAUCAUCCUGUUCUAGAUGCUAAUGUGAAGGUUUUUCUGAAGAAAGCACAGACUCUGCUGGCACAGGCGUCCAUGGCUUCACCCAUUCGAUUUCAACGAACGGAAGUGACGUACGACGCUAACUAUGUAAAACUCAUAGGAACGGUUGUCAACAUUGCUCCUUUCAUUGUUGACUUCACUAAGACUUCUUCCAAAGCUAAUCCUCACAAGACUGAUGCCACUUACAGCAAUGUCAUGUCGGACAAGGAUUGCGCCACCUAUUGUCGAGUAGAGAGUAAUUUCCCCUGUGAGAGUUUUGACUACUGCAGCGCGUCCUCUACCUGUCUGCUCAGUAAGGAACACGUGGACGACGGCCCAGCCCUCUCAUCCAGUAGCACAUGCGAUCACUACUCACGUACCGUGAAUAGCACAGAUGCAGUGCAGCCAAGUAUCGACGCUAUCAUGGUCAAGCUGAAUGACGUUAUCUAUAAGGGACUAUUCCAGAUACCUAUCCUGGAAGGCGGCAAUACAACGAUUUUUAUCGCUGACCAAAUAAGGGACAAUUUAGUGAGAGCGAGCAGAUAUCCGACAUCAAGUCAGGUACUCAGUCACUUUAAUUUGACAGAAAACAACAUCCUGAUAGUGAAGAACAGCGGCUAUGUGGCCGGAAUAUCUGUAGACGAGUGUGCCGACGCCUGCCUGACAGAAAUGUCGUUCGACUGUCUGUCCUUUGACUUCUGCUACAAGCAAGGGGACUGCCUGCUGUACAAAGCGCAUCCCGACGCCCAGAAUACCACUCUUACGCAUCAUGACUUCUGUGACGUAUAUUCACGUAAUUACCUAGAUAGGUAUACCUCUAGCCCUGGGAUGGUAGUAUCGGUCACGGCGGACAAAGAGCUGGACAAAGUCAACUCGGACAAUUUGUGCGCCAAACAAUGUUCAGAGUAUAGCGGGUUCCCUUGCAAGUCUUUCGAAUACUGCUCCAACACCAAGACGUGUCGCCUGAUGAAGAAACACCAACUGGACUUCCCCGCCAGCUCCCUCGUCACCAGUCCAACGUGUUCCUUUUACACCAGAAACUACAUAGAUGACUUUCAGAAAAAGUCACGGUCCACUAUGACGUUUGGGAAGACCCUGGACUACACUGAUGUGACGGCGGAUGACUGUGCCAAGCUUUGCGUCACUACAGAGGCUACCAACUGUCAGAGCUUCGCCUUCUGUAAUACAACUCAACUGUGUCGACUGACAAGUAAUCGUCCUCUCAAGAAGGGUGGCAAGGUCACGCAUGACGUCUGUGACCUUUACAUUAGAAAGUACUUCUCAACCGGUCAUUCGCAGGCUAGCACAGGGAAUGCUCAGACAGCUGGCAAUAAGAGUUCAAACACGGGCUAUAGUGCAGGCGCCAUGGCUGGUGUAGGCAUUGGACUGUUCCUUCCCGGUCUUCUGAUCGGGGCCCUCGUUACAUUCUACUUCCGGCGGAAACACGACCAGUCUCUGGAGGCACUGGACAUGCAGCAGAUAGUCAAAGACUGAUAUGAUGUUUAGGCGGAUUUUGAUUUCAUAUAUUCCAUGAGACUUCUUCCGAAUCACGUGAUAUCUAGUUCGAGAGAGCGUUUGACGCACGAGACGUGUGAAAGACUGUUAUAGUCUCGUAUUAUGUGGAAAACGUUAUGUUCCGAACCUCUAAAUGGAAGUGAAUACCUCAUCAUUCUUUUUCAAAAUUUUCACUAAAUGUUUUGUUUGUAUUUUUUCUAUAACAUCGAUAUAUCAAACACAUAGUGUCAGACAGAAUGUUUCAGUUUCAAAAAACAUUUGGGAAAGAAUCACUUUUGAUAAAUGACAUUUCUAUUUUCGGUGUUAUUUUCAUAAACGCUUACAUGAUAUUUAAUGCAAAGAUGUAUAUGUAUUGAGACUGAACGUCUCAGUUCCAUUUCAGGUGUACUUUAAAUCAACAUUUAAAAUGUCAGUUUGAAAGUAAAAAAAAGUCUUUUUGGGAAGAAUAUAUAUUCGAACAUUAUAUUGACACUUUCUAUAAAACAACCUACAGAAUACUUGAUUUUAUCGUAAAAAUACUAAUAUCAUUCCGUUUGUUUAAAAAAAUCAUAUGAAUUCAGCUUUAAAAUGAUACAAACGAUUUUGGUUUCUAUAUGCAAUGUUCUUAAUCAGUGUAUAAACAUUUACUUGUAAUAUUUGGUACAUUAAAAUUUUAUUUAGAAAGUAAUUUUUUUUUUAUCUCGACCACAUAUUUUCAAGCAGAUAUUAGAAGAAUACAACCGUUGUAUUUAGACAUUAUUGGCAUUAAUAAGUUUCAUUCCAGUAUUAUUCAUUGUUUCUAAUACUUAUCUAUUUCUGUAACAUGUUCAGUGCUGUUUGUGUUCACUGUUGACGUAAGAUGCUGUCAGCCCUAUGUCUCUCAUGUAAAACGUGCAAUAUGUCUUUUCAUCAAGACAAUGAGUCCAACGCUUGUUCAGGCAAGAGUUAGAUCCUUGGUAGAUGCUUCAAUAUUUAUUUCUACGUUGUUUCACGGUCAUUUUCAUUAAUAGUUGUGUUUGUUUAACAUAUAAAACUGUUUACUAUUGA